AUGGAGGAAAAUACUGCAACUCCCAACAAGAAGCAAAAACGAACCAAAUACGAUGGCACGAUGAACACAAUGCACACCGCUGAUCCUUUAUCUCUAUUGCCCGAAGACCUUGUGCAACAUAUCUUAUUCUUUCUACCACCAAGAGAUGUGGCUCGUACCUCUAUUUUAUCCAAGUCAUGGCAGAUAUUCUGGAAUUCUCUCCCAACACAAAAUUUCACAUUGAGCUACUACCACGACGAUAGAAGGGAAGAUUCUGAAGCUACUAGCAAGUUCAUCAAAUUCGUUGAUGAUUCGUUGCAAAAACUCCGGGGCCAGAUAGCAAAAAUCAAAUCAUUCUGCUUAUUUAUAUCCAAUUAUCAACAAAAUUUGUGCUCUUGCAUGGAUGAUUGGAUCGGAUUAGUAACCAAGAACUGCAUUGAAGAGCUAGAUAUUUGCAUUUUCGUUAUCUCUGCAGAAGGGGUCAAAAGGUCCGUUUUGCCUCAGGCCACUUUUCUGGCAAAAUCGUUGUCUGUAUUAAGGUUACAAGGUUUUACUUUGGAGGACAGCUUGUUGAGAGGUGAUAUGAUGCUGCCUUGCCUGAAAAUUCUGUCUCUAUCCCACGUUCAUCUUAGUGAGUUGAUGACAGAAAAGCUACUGUCUUCUUGCCCUUCACUUGAGGAAUUUUCUCUCUUAACAUCAAGAGUGGUGAAUCUUUAUGUUCCAAACCUUCCCAAGCUCAAGAAGGUAGAAGCAGAUGUCUUUAAUAAAAUUCAGAUUGAAGCACUGAAUCUUCAAAUUCUUGAUUGUACAUGCAUUCUAUCUGAAUUAGAGCUGAAUAAACUUCAUUGUAAUAAUCUUAAGGAGUUAAGAUUAUCUUCCCCCAUUACCAACCGAUGGAUUCAGGAACUUUUUGAUAAAUUCCACUUUCUUGAGACCUUGCACUUGAAAUCUUUGAAACGCUGCCAAUGGGCUUUUAUUUCAACCCAUAAGCUCAAGAGAUUAAGCGUGAAUUUGGACAUAUAUCAUCCAGAGGUACUUCAUAUUGAUGCUCCAAAUUUGAGGUCAUACACUUACCAAGGUGAUAUUGUCCCUUCUUCUUUUCAUAUGAAUACUUCAGGUCUACAAUUUGCCGAAAUAAAAAUGACUGCCACUAGUGACCUUGACAUCUCGUGGUUUCUCAAGUUGAAUAAGUAUCUUGGAAUGUUCCACAAACAUGAUGUUUUGGCUCUGGUUAUUCACUCUGAUGUGAUUACAUUCAAUCCAGAGGAGUGGACAGACAUAUAUACACCUCAGCCUUGCAAUCUUGAUCGUAUAAAGAUUAUUCAUAUUUCAUCAACAAUUUUCAGCAACUAUUCAGCUCUUUUGGAUGGACUAUUAUGUUGUGCUCUUCCAAGAACUCUACAAGUCAAAUAUGGAUCCGGGUGCAACAAUAAGCUCAUCAAGUUCCUUUGUAGGACUUUCACCAACAAGGAAGAAAUUCAACAGUGUUCGUUUAAUUGCAAUUUCUUGUGUUGGCGGCAUAUCUUGAAAGAUGUUAAGAUCAAGACUCAGUCUUACAGUGGUACGGAGGCAGAAGUUGUUGAGCAGAAACGAGUAUUUGAGUCUCUGCAAAAUCUUGAAUAUGGGGAGCAAGUUAUCUUUGAAUUUACAUGGUGA